AUGGAGCGUAGACGUACCACCUCCCUUGCUCGCCGUUCCUACACCUCUUCCUCAGCUGAGAUGGUGUUUGGGUCUCCUGCUCCUGGGCGCCGCCAGGGGUCCAGUGCCCGCCUUUCCCUGGCCCGAAUGCCUGCUCCACUCCCGGCCCGGGUGGACUUCUCCCUGGCUGGGGCACUCAAUGCCGGCUUCAAGGAGACCCGGACCAGUGAGCGUGCUGAGAUGAUGGAGCUUAAUGACCGCUUUGCCAGUUAUAUCGAGAAGGUUCGCUUCCUGGAGCAGCAGAACAAGGCGUUGGCAGCAGAGCUCAACCAGCUGCGGGCCAAGGAGCCCACCAAGCUGGCCGAUGUCUACCAGGCUGAGUUGCGGGAGUUGCGGUUGCGGCUUGAUCAGCUCACGUCCAGCAGCGCUCGGCUGGAGGUGGAGAGGGACAAUCUGGCGCAGGACCUGGGCACCCUGAAACAGAAGCUCCAGGAUGAAACCCAUCUGAGGCUGGAGGCUGAGAACAACCUGGCCACCUACAGACAGGAAGCAGAUGAAGCUGCUCUAGGCCGCCUGGACCUGGAAAGGAAAGUCGAGUCGCUGGAGGAGGAGCUCCGAUUCCUGGGAAAGAUUCAUGAGGAGGAGAUACGGGAGCUGCAGGAGCAGCUAGCCCGCCAACAGGUGCACGUGGAGCUGGACGUGGCUAAGCCUGACCUCACAGCAGCCUUGAGGGAGAUCCGCACACAGUAUGAGGCGGUGGCAUCCAGCAACAUGCACGAGGCAGAGGAGUGGUACCGUUCCAAGUUCGCAGACCUGACCGACGCUGCUGCCCGCAAUGCGGAGUUGCUCCGCCAGACCAAGCACGAGGCCAACGACUACCGGCGCCAACUGCAAGCCUUGACCUGCGACCUGGAGUCCCUGCGGGGCACAAAUGAGUCCCUGGAGAGGCAGAUGCGCGAGCAGGAAGAGCGUCAUGCCCGGGAGGUUGCAGGUUACCAAGAAGCGCUGGCCCGGCUGGAGGAAGAGGGGCAGAGCCUCAAGGACGAGAUGGCCCGCCACCUGCAGGAGUACCAGGACCUGCUCAACGUCAAGCUGGCCCUGGACAUCGAGAUCGCCACUUACAGGAAGUUGCUGGAGGGCGAGGAGAACCGCAUUACCAUUCCUGUGCAGACCUUCUCCAACCUGCAGAUCCGAGGGGGCCACAGCAGCAAAGAAGGGGAAGGUCACAAGGUCACAAGACAGCUCAAAAGCCUCACCAUACGGGUUGUCCCAAUACAGGCUCACCAGAUUGUAAUUGGAGCCCCACCGGCUCUCGGUUAG